GUUUUCGCAACGAUUAUAUAUAUUGUUCACAAAUAAUUCAAUUUUAUGAACAUGCAAAAUACGAUAAAGACCCUCAUUUUUAAACCAAGUUAUUUCCUUUAAUGAUCUUUACCUAUUUCACGUUUUUGUACCUAAAAUUUUGAACCAUUCGUCAGCUACGUCGGCGUUGGCUUCAUUGUAUAUCUAUCUCAUUUAUCCAUCAUUUCCGGUUUUUCUAUCUAAUACAUUUCUUUAACAUAAAGAAAAUAGCUUCAGAGAGUUUCUCUUCAAAGAACGGAAAACAAAGAGAGAAUGAAGUUUUUCGCGGCGAAGCUGGAAGAAGGAGUUAAAGGAGGAAACGGGAAGCCGUCGGUAGGUCCGGUGUACCGGAAUCUUUUGUCGGAAAAAGGUUUUCCGCCUAUGGAUUCUGAUAUCACCACUGCUUGGGACGUUUUCAGAUCUCUUUUGGGUUUUGUUAGUAAAUCAGUGGAAAAAUUCCCUUACAACAAGAUGCUUGGAUGGCGUCGAAUCGUCGAUGAGAAGGUUGGACCGUAUAUGUGGAAAACUUACAAGGAAGCAUACGGAGAAGUUCUGCAGAUUGGUUCUGCAAUACGUGCUCUGGGAGCUGAGCCUGGGUGUCGAGUGGGGAUCUAUGGAGUUAAUUGUCCUCAGUGGAUAAUAGCAAUGGAGGCUUGUGCAGCUCACACUCUAAUCUGUGUACCUCUGUAUGACACAUUGGGUUCAGGAGCAGUGGAUUAUAUUGUUGAUCACGCUGAAAUCGAUUUUGUAUUCGUCCAAGACAACAAGAUUAAAGGGCUUCUUGAGCCAAAUUGCAAAUGUGCUAAACGGCUAAAAGCUAUAGUUUCCUUCGUUAAUGUGAGUGAAGAAGAUAGCCUCAAGGCUUCUGAAAUUGGAGUCAAAACAUUCUCGUGGCUCGACUUUCUCCGUAUGGGACGAGAAAAACCAGAAGAGACUAACCCGCCUAAGCCAUCUAACAUAUGCACCAUAAUGUACACGAGCGGCACGAGUGGUAACCCUAAAGGUGUGGUUUUGACUCACGAAGCAGUGGCCACUUAUAUUGUUGGGAUGGAUCUCUACAUGGACCAGUUCGAAGACAAGAUGACACAUGAAGAUGUGUAUCUUUCCUUCUUGCCGUUGGCUCAUAUUCUUGACCGUAUGAAUGAGGAAUACUUCUUUCGCAAAGGGGCUUCGGUUGGCUAUUACCAUGGAGAUUUGAAUGUGUUACGCGAUGACAUUCAAGAAUUGAAACCAACUUAUUUAGCUGGAGUUCCAAGAGUGUUUGAGAGAAUUCACGAGGGAAUUCAAAAGGCUCUUCAGGAACUUAAUCCUAGAAGGAGAUUUAUCUUCAAUGCUCUCUACCAACACAAGCUUUCAUGGUUGAAUCGUGGAUACUCUCAUAGUAAAGCUUCGCCCAUGGCUGAUUUCAUAGCUUUCAGAAAGAUUAGAGACAAAUUGGGAGGUCGAAUCAGGUUGCUAGUAUCUGGAGGAGCACCAUUGAGCUGUGAGAUUGAAGAGUUCCUUAGAGUUACUUGUUGUUGCUUUGUCGUCCAAGGCUACGGUCUAACGGAGACUCUUGGAGGAACGGCUUUGGGUUUCCCGGACGAGAUGUGUAUGCUAGGGACAGUUGGUAUUCCGGCCGUUUACAACGAGAUACGACUUGAGGAGGUGGCUGAAAUGGGCUACGACCCACUCGGGGAAAUUCAGGCAGGCGAGAUCUGUAUAAGAGGAACAUGUUUAUUUUCUGGUUAUUACAAGAACCCUGAACUUACUCAAGAAGUCAUGAAAAACGGAUGGUUCCAUACAGGAGAUAUAGGUGAGAUUCACCCAAAUAGAGUACUCAAGAUAAUUGAUCGCAAAAAGAAUCUUAUCAAACUCUCUCAAGGAGAGUACGUUGCUCUUGAGAACUUGGAAAACAUCUACGGCCAAAACUCUGUUGUCCAAGAUAUAUGGGUUUAUGGAGAUAGCUUCAAAUCAAUGCUUGUAGCAGUGAUUGUUCCAAAUCCUGAAACCGUGAACCGGUGGGCUAAAGAUCUCGGCUUUACUAAGCCAUUCGAAGAACUAUGCUCUCUCUCGGAAUUACAUGAUGAACACAUCAUUUUAGAACUGAAGUCCACGGCAGAGAAAAACAAGCUAAGAAAGUUCGAGUAUAUAAAAGCAGUGACAGUGGAGACAAAACCUUUUGACGUAGAGAGAGACUUAGUGACUGCGACCCUCAAGAAUCGAAGGAACAAUCUUCUCAAGUUUUAUCAGUCCGCCAACGUUCCAUUAUACAGGUACAAGUCGACGAAAUGUACCGAAAAUUGUCGUUGAAGAAAAUGUGAAAGUGUUGCAUGACCAUCGAUGUGUGUGUUAUUAUUGGUAACUAUGUUAUGUACGUAUGUGUCAAUCAUUGAUUAAAAAAGCCU